AUGGCUGAACAGUUUACUGAGCUUGAUAAGUUAAAAGAGACGCUGCGCGCGAAUCAUGAAACCGCCGACAAACACCUGGAGCACGUCAGCAGACAGGAUGUUUUGACGCGCAUUGAGAGGAUCAUUCAGACUGUAGUCAGUAGCGUGUCUAAAAAUGAGGCACCUGUGCUGAGUGUGAUCAAUAGAUCCAACUGGGCCAAUGUCAGAUUUCAUAAGUCUGUUGGUUUGAUACUGCAGCCAGAUGCCUCUGUAACAGCUCACCGAUGUGACUGCCCUUCAUCAGCCAACAAGUUUGCACUGAUUUUAAAGCUCUUGUCUGUUAUUUACAAACUUGUGCAGAGUGAUUCCUAUGCUACUAAAAGAGACAUAUACUAUAAUGAUCCACAGCUGUUUGGGUCACAGAAGACCGUGGAUUCAAUCGUGGACGACAUUUCGUGCAUGCUCAAAGUUCCUCGCAGGAGUCUGCAUGUUCUUGCGACAUCCAAAGGCUUUAUCUCAGGUGAUCUGUGUUAUUUGGAGGAAGAUGGCACAAAGGUAGACUGCAGUUCCAGCACUACAGCUACCCCUGUGUCUUCCAAUGUUAGUGGAAUAAGAAACAUUGUAUCAUUUGCAAAAUUCAUCCUGAUAGUGGAGAAAGACGCAACUUUCCAGAGACUCCUUGAUGAUGACUUUUGCAUCAGACUGUCUCCAUGCAUCAUCAUAACUGGUAAAGGAAUGCCUGAUGUGAAUAGCAGACUGAUGGUGAGAAAACUAUGGGACACACUACACAUCCCAGUCUUUGCCCUGGUGGAUGCAGACCCUCAUGGCAUUGAAAUCAUGUGCAUCUACAAGUAUGGCUCAGUGUCAAUGGCCUUCGAGGCCCACAGUCUGACUGUCCCCAGUGUGCUGUGGUUGGGCCUCCUGCCUUCAGACAUCCAGAGGUACAGGGUGCCAGAGGAAGCUCUUAUUCCAUUUUCUCAGACAGAUGAGAGGAAAAUCAACAGCUUGAGGAGCAGAGCCUACAUCACCUGCCAACCUGCUUGGGAGAGAGAGAUAGAAGAAAUGCAGAGACUGAAGUGGAAAGCAGAGAUACAGUCCCUGGCAUCUAUUGCCCCUUAUUUCCUCACUAGAGUGUACCUGCCAAAUAAACUGCGUUAUGGAGGCUGGAUAUGACCUUAUGCUGCCAUCUAUUGGACUAUAUUCUGUACUGCAGCUUUAGCGCUAUAACUACUAAUCGUCAUUUGUGUUCUGGAUUAAUUUAUU